AUGGCAGAUCAGCCCGUAGAUCCACCGCAGACGCUAUUCCACGACCUCCCCGAAGACAUCCUCUUGCAGAUAUUCCACGCGGCGCGGGAAGUCGCGUUUGGGAGAACGGCACGCGCCCUUUCACUUGUCACCCUCUCCCAGGUCUGUCGCGAAUGGCGGAACCUGGCGAUCUCUGCCCCCUCGUUGUGGACCGAAAUCCAGUACCCUGGUCCACGGGGGCACAAUUAUCUUUCGAAUCUAUUCCUCGAGAGAUCACGGCCCUGCUGCGAACUCGAUGUCCACAUCAAGAUUUCUAUGCGGGUCGAACAGCGCAGCGAUGGAGAAAUCGUUCGACACCCAAAGCCGGUCAUGCAGGACGUCCUACAAGUUUUGAAAGAAGCAGAUAGGAUCCGGUCGCUGUCUUUGGUGUUGCCCGAAACGAAGUGGACCUGGGAUCCGACCUACAGAGCCAUCCAAGCCACCCCCUUCCCGAACCUUGUCACCUUGAAUGUGUCGGGGGACGAGCUACCGUGGUCUUGGUGGUUCGUCGACGGGCGGAUGAGGUCCCGACACCAAGGGGGAAUACAUACCCAGCUCACCCUUCCAACGCCAAGAAAGCUCAAAUCGUUAACUAUCCACAACCACUGUUGGCUAUGCCACGCCCAUCCAUUCCGGGAUCUCACCUACCUAAGGCUCAACUACUUCUCGCCGACCUUUUCGGAGUUCACGGAACUCUUCAGAAGCUCCCCGAAACUCCAUACGCUGAUUUUGCUCGAUUUUGGGAUGGAGAUUGGGACGGAUGAGUUGGCUGCGAUGGCUGGAGGGAAGUCUGUGGAGAGGGAAGUCAUCGCGCCAUCGCUGACGACGCUUGUGGUCGGGUCGUACACGUUGUACGAGCCUGGGGAGGAGCGACCCAUGCAGCCUGCUCGAGACACCUUCACAGAGAAGGAUUGCGAGUCUACGUCGUGCCCUUGCUUCUUUAGAGGGAUGACCGCCAAUCGACUGCGAAACCUCGAAAUUCUCACUCCAUCGUCCAUCUCCGCGACACAUUUCUUGUCGAUGUUGCGGCGCCGAGCUGAUGCAAGUUCGAACGCGACUUCCAAAGCGACCGCAAUAGGCUCUGGGACUGGGACUGGACACAGUCAGGAAGAUUCGGACCCUGGCAUCACGGUCAAAUUGCAGAUAACGCAAAGGGAAUGCGUCGUGGGUCCAGAUACAGGCGAAGGAUACAUGAAGCUGGAGGAGCUGGCUUCGGCGAAUCCGAAUACAGUCCAUAUAGGAGGAUACUCUGCUUUAUUUUGGAUGAAUCACUGGCCACGGGCAAAGGAUCCUCGGGAGAGACCCCGGCCUCCCUCGCGGUAG